AUGCUUUCUGAACUCUCAUACGAUCGAUUACCAAAUUUUACUGCUGCUGACUGUUUUCAAAUCCUUGGAAUUGGUAGGAAUGAAUAUAUGGAUCUAUUAAACGCUUACAAGGGAAGAUUAUGUUCACCCAAAUCUGGCCUCAUUGAUACUCCUUCCUCGGUUCUUGACGAAUUACUCCCCAAAGCCCCUCGUAAUUUUAUGCAUCUUCAGCCCUGGUUUAUCGUUAGAGUCGGUUCCAUCAGCAACGCCGAUGUUGAGGCCAAUACACCCUAUGUUCAAUCUAUUCUUGAUAGGAUAAUUGAUAAUGAUCGCCCGCCCGAUACUGGUCAGGUCGGCCCCGGCCUCCGAGUUUCCGAAAUACCCAUUGAUGUUUUCCAAAAUCUUUAUCAGCGUGGUCUGAUUUAUGUCGAAGUUCCGGUUCUUGAAACUGAUUGUCUUUUUGUUCCCACUCUCGCUGGGUUUAUCAUGAACCGAGUUAGUGGAGAUAGUUAUGAAACCUUACUUUACAAGAUUUUUGUGUCUCUUGAUCCCCAGUCUUGUGUUUGUCAAUUAGCUGCAGAUCUGGGUGUCGGACUAGAUUUCGUAAUCAACGCCGCCUCAUUGUUCGUUCGUCUUGGUUUCGCCUGUAAAAGUGACUCCGUUUCUGACCCAGUUGGUGUUGGGAAAAGCCAAGAUAAUGCCUCUAUUACCGAGCCUGAAGGCACAUCACCCUCUCUUAAAGCCAAAAAAAUUGCCUUUGUCUUCGAUUCUUCCAUAACAGCCUACCUCAUGUUGGGAAAUCUUUCAGCAGACUUGAAAAAACAUUCCGUUACUAUGUUUGAAGUCGGUAAACUUACUGGUGAUUCACUUAGUGCCUUCUAUAAAGAAGUUUCGUCUUUAUCCCAUUCGGCUGAACAGGAUGUCGGUAUCUACUACGAACACGCAAAGUGUCUAAGCCAAACAAUGCGUUACAUUUCCGUUGCUCAAACCUCAAAUAAGACUGACUUCCGAUACCUGGAUCUGGUGAGAUCCGGUUCUCUGGCCUCACUGGAACCCACUACGCGGUGUCGAAUCUUGUCAAAAAACUACAGUCUUAUUGUCUGUACGGCCCCGCUUUCUUACGAGGAAUCACGGGUUUUGUGUUCGGAUUGGCCCCUCAUCUUAGGGCCUCCGAUCCCCGAAAUCUGCUCUCCAUGGUUUCGCCUCUUUAUUUCUUACACUGCAGGUAGCGGUGGUACGCCCUCACUCCUUCUCUGUCGUGGAACUCACGUCACAAAAUUGCCCCCACCUCUCUCUUGCUUCUCGAAAUUCCUCGUCACUUCGUGGGGACAUGACCCUGUUCUCAUGGAUAUCUACGCCCUCUUCUAUUCCAUAAAUGAUCUCACCGCUAAUUUUCCCGUCCUCAUUCAGGCCUACGACGAUCGUGAUAAUGACCUUCCCCUGCAUCAGCACUUUCUUCCCCUGCCUAUUUCAUCUGAUUUUCUCGAACGAAUGAGUCAUAAACUCGUUUGGCUAGAGCGUAUAUCGAAGAGCAUAGACAUCACCACUCUCGUGGGGUAUCUUUCUCUUCUUUUUCCAGAUGGGAAAUCGGAGGUGGACAGUGAAGCACAGCACGCUGACAUGGAGUCCGCAAAUGAGAUAUUCGGUGGGGGGAGCCUGUACCAACAGAACGCUUCCCAGUUUCUUGAACAUUCCAUCGUUGACCCACGCGUGGUGUUAACGGAGGGCGCACUUGAGGGCGCUAUCGGUGCCGGUCGAUCCGUUCGCUUACUGAGUGUCCAUUUGGGCAUCCCACUGUUCAAUUCCACACUAAAUGAUGCUAUCUUCGAGAGGAUGAGCCAUCUCCACGACGAGCCUCAGUUGGAUCUUCUACCUUCAGAGGUGCGCUCUCGACUUUCUGCAGCGAAUAAUGCGUUGCAGAAAGGUCUUGUGGAGUUCAUAAAAUCCGCUGGGGGAGUUUAUGUGCUCAAUGGCCUUUCCGUGAUACUGGAUGACAGUCUGGCAGGUAGUUGUGGUGACAAGGUGUCCACACCUCCAUUGCCACUUCCGUCGAAGUCGUUGUGUUGUUCGUGUGAGGGUGACUUAGAGGAGUGGGAAAACUAG